CAUCAUCAUCGUCACUGUCACCGCCAGCAUCCCUGUCUCGUUGGCAUCACCGUCCCCAUUCCUGGCACUGGCACUGUCCCCACUACUGCCACCAGCCCUGUCACUAUCCCCAUCCCUGUCCUCAUCCCCAUCACCUCCACCGCCAUCUGCAUCCCCAUCAUCAUCCCUGUCCCCAUCCCCAACUUCAACCCCAUCGUCCCUGUCCCCAUCCCCUUCCCUGUCCCCAUUCUUGUCCCCGUCCCCCUCAUAAUCUCCAUCCCUGUCCCCCUCCUUGU